UGCAGGUCUCUCUGGCUUGCUUGGGCUCGUUCGCGCGGCGUGAGAGUUAGCAAAAACCUCGCUGCCGCAUCCGCCUAGCUCUAAUUCCCGCCCCAGCCUCUCCACCUUUUCUGGAGCCCUCUGCUCCCGCCAUGGGGCCAACUUGGGGCUCCUAAGAGUUGCCGCCUCUUAGCUGCGCGCUCCUGGGCCAGAGUCUCCGAAGGCGGGAUAUGGCUUAGGGCGCUAGAGGGGUCAGCACAGAGGUAACUGGAAGGGGAACGAACGGCUAUCUGGGAGAAACGAGGCCAAACGAUGAGUUUCCAUAAGGAGGACGGAGUGAGCAGCCUGUGCCAAAAGGCACUGCACAUCGUCACGGAGCUGUGCUUCGCGGGCCAGGUGGAGUGGGAGAAAUGCUCCAGCAUCUUCCCCCCGGACGGGGGCAGCCAAGGCGGAAGUAACACAGAUAUUUCAGUCAGCCUGUUAGCAGUUGUUGUCAGCUUUUGUGGCCUGGCCUUGUUGGUUGUUUCACUUUUUGUCUUCUGGAAGUUAUGCUGGCCUUUCUGGAAGAGCAAACCCAUGACUUCCAACAUCAGUACCCUUCCACAGAGCUUGUCAAGUGCUCCCACUGAAGUUUUUGAGACUGAAGAGAAAAAAGAGAUUAAAGAAAAUGGAGAACCAGCACUAAAAGUUAUUGAGCCUGCAAUAAAAAUCAGCCACACUUCCCCUGAUAUCCCAGCCGAAGUCCAAACUGCUGUAAAAGAACCUUUAGUUAAACAUGCACGUGUGCAAAGACAAACAACUGAGCCUACAUCUUCAUCCCGACACAAUUCCUUCAGAAGACACCUACCAAGGCAAAUGCAGGUUUCCAGUGUUGAUUUGGGCAUGGGCACAGAACCCAUUUUACAAAGAGGAGAAACGACCACCAGCAUUGGGAGAAUAAAACCAGAACUCUACAAACAGAAAUCAGUGGACUCUGAGGACAACAGGAAAGAAGAUGUCAAAACCUGUGGGAAGCUUAAUUUCACCCUCCAGUAUGAUUAUGAAAAUGAACUUCUAGUGGUGAAAAUUAUCAAAGCCUUAGAUCUCCCUGCUAAAGACUUCAUGGGAACUUCUGACCCUUAUGUGAAGAUGUAUCUUCUUCCAGAUAGGAAAAAGAAAUUUCAGACUCGUGUGCACAGAAAGACUUUAAAUCCUCUGUUUGAUGAAACUUUUCAGUUUCCUGUAGCAUAUGAUCAACUAAGCAACAGAAAACUACAUUUCAGUGUGUAUGAUUUUGACAGAUUUUCUAGACAUGACAUGAUUGGGGAAGUGAUUUUUGAUAAUUUGUUUGAAGCCUCUGAUCUCUCCAGAGAAGCCACAGUAUGGAAAGAUAUUCAUUGUGCUACCACAGAAAGUAUAGAUCUGGGUGAAAUAAUGUUUUCCCUUUGUUAUUUGCCAACUGCUGGACGUAUGACAUUGACAGUCAUCAAGUGCAGAAACCUGAAGGCUAUGGAUAUCACUGGCUCAUCAG